AUGGGUAACGAUAUUCCCGAAGAACCCGCCUUACCUUCUGAGGUGAACAGCGAGGAAGCUCAUGAGUACGUACAAACUAACUAUGGAGUGGCAUAUAGGUUUACCACGUCGGUGGAGGGCAAUAAACACGAAGUUGCGAACAAUACCUGUGAAGAGGAUCAAAUAGUGCAAGAAGAACCCAUUGUAAGAUUCGAAAAUUCAAGCACAAGCGAAUGCCCUCAAGCCAUAAUUAAUAGGAUCAAAUCACUAGUAGACCCGAAAGAUAUGCACGAGGUUAAGAGGUUGGCCCAUAGGCGGCUCUACAUCGUAGCUAUGAAUAGAUCUCUACAGAGGAGACAUCAAUCUCAAGUUGGUCGCAUUGUAACCCUCCCUGAUGGUACUGUUCAAACCUUCCACUCCAUCCGAGUUUGCGCGGCUUGUGGGGUGGAGUAUUUUAUGGUAGUGCAAAGAAAUCAAAGUGACUUAACCCCAAGGCAGACCGUUGAGAGAAAGACCAUUUUCUUUAAGGAGCUGAUAAUUGGAAGAAUCAAGCAGUUCAUAAAUUCUUGCAACAGUAUUAGCGCUUUGAAGCAUACACGAGAGGUGAUUAUGGCAAAGAUUAAUGAAUUCAACGAAAGUUGCGAGAGAUUGGCUACGCGCGCACAAUUGCAGAGUUCGAAUAAUAGCUUUUUGAAUAAGAGCCGACACUCAUUGGUAAGACUUUUGGGAAACCUCUCCCGGGUAGCUACUGGAGCAACUAAUGCUGGUUCACCGAUCAAGGGUUCAUUGAGGAAGGGUGCGCCUUCGUGCAAAACCAGCACGCCUAUUAUAAAGAAAGUGACAAUAGCUUCGACGCCUACUCGUAAAUCCCCAUCGGCAAAUUCGUCAAAAUCCGUUCAGAUGCCAUCAAUGAUUGCUAUCAAGGAGUCGCCAGUGCAGAAUGGUGAAUCGAAUGCGAAUAGUCUCGAAGAAUAUGCGGAAAUCCUCCGCGCCUCCCUUAGAGAGCUCUUGGAAUCCCUUCCUCGCGGAUCUGCUUCUGAUCUUCGGGCACUUGGUGCAUUAUCAGUUGCUGAAUCAAUGGAGGCAAGUGUCGAGAAGAUCGAAGAGGUCCCGGAGGAAAGCUCGAAAGAUCCGGUUGUUCGUGAAGACAGUCCCAUUAGAAAGUCCCCAGAGCCACUUCCUGAUGAUCAUGUCAACGAGCCUUCAGAGCCCAUCUCAAAUGAGGUUGAAAAAGUAUGA